AUGCCCAGUAUUUCGGGGGCAGCCCAGGAGGCAUAUGGAGAAUCAACCUUCACUUGUCCUGGAAUCGAGAUAGCCUCCUCACUUGCAACACAUCUGUCUCCUCUCAAAACUUGGAACUACCGCUACAAUGUGUGGGAUGCCCAGAACGAGGCCGCUGGUCUGGGUGUGCCACAUGUGGCUGAGAAACCGGCGAUCUUCGGUCCAGGGAAUUCAGGGGCUUGCAACAACUGUUCCUCGCCUGAGUGGAAGCCUUGGGGUGAUAGUGGUGGCCAGAGACUCAGAUUCCAGCUUAACGCCACGAGUAUGGAAUCUGUUCCAGGGAGCCAGAGUGAUCGCUGUAUUAUUUGGAAAGGUCUGGCUCAAAUCAUGGAGCAGUAG